UCAUAAUUCUUCAAUCAAAUAUUCCUCUCUUCUUCUCUUUCCCUUUGCUUUAUAGUUUGUUCCACCAAAUUGUAUAGAUAUAAAAGUUGGUUCAGUGAGGGCAGUCCCAUUCAGUCAUUUUCGUUGAGAGGUUCUGGUUCAGAUCUGAGCCUGCUGAGAGCAGCCUGCUGAGAGCAUCCGCUACUCACUGCAAUGGGGGAAAAGGAAAAGGUUACGAUUAUGGUGCUGAAGGUGGAUCUUGGGUGUCACAAAUGCUAUAAGAAGGUCAAAAUUCUCUGUAAAUUCCCUCAAAUACGAGACCAGAUAUACGACGAGAAGCAAAACCAAGUGGUGAUCAAAGUGGUAUGCUGUAGUCCAGAAAAGAUAAGGGACAAGAUUUGCUGCAAAGGUGGAGGUGCCAUAAAAAGCAUCGAGAUCAAAGAGCCAGAGAAGCCCAAGCCACCGCCGGCUGAGAAACCCAAGGAGCCCGAAAAACCUAAACCGGCUGAAAAACCCAAAGAGCCCGAAAAACCUAAACCGGCUGCGAAACCCAAAGAGCCCGAAAAACCUAAUCCGCCUGAAAAAUCCAAAGAGCUUGAAAAACCCAAAGAGCCCGAAAAACCUAAACCGGCAGAGAAACCCAAAGAGCCCGAAAAACCUAAACCGGUUGAGAAACCCAAGGAACCUGAAAAACCUAAAUCUGCACCGCCACCGGCAGAGCCAGUGAAGCCUGUUGUGCCAGGGUACCCACCGCCUGUCCAAGUAAAUGCGUGUUGUAUGGAUUGUUACCAGGGGCAUCCUGGUGGGCCAUGCUACAGUGGUUAUGGCGGUGGGCCUGCCCCAUACAUACAAUAUGAUGGUUACUAUGGAAGGCCUGUGUAUGACAGUUACGGAGGGGGCAACAGGAGCUAUUGUGUUACCCGCCCUGACUGUUUCAGUGAAGAAAAUCCCUCAGCUUGCACAGUCAUGUAAAUCAUGGAUCAUCUUCUUUGGACCGGGACGUCUUGUUCAAUCUUGGAUUAAUAUUUUAGCAGUCUUUGUUGGUUUAAUAUUUAAUAUUAUAAGAGGGCCAUAUUGUUAAGUGAAUAAUAAAGUUGGUUGAUGAUGUUGGUGAUCAAGUCACAAUCACGUAUAUCUGUUCAUUAUAUAAUUGAUUAUCUAGAGAUAGAAAGACAUCAUGAAGAUGAAGUUGUUGGCUGCUACAAUUUUCAAUGAAAUAAAAGUUUCCAUUUCACA